AUGGCGGCGCGAGUGCUAAGGAGCCGGGGAGGGGCCGUCGCCACAGCCACGGCCCCUCGCUUCACGCCGGGCCUCAGGACUGUGGCCUCAUCCCCAAACAGACCCCGUGAAGACAGCUGGCUGAAAUCCUUAUUCGUCCGUAAAGUCGACCCGAGGAAAGAUGCCCACUCCAACCUCCUGGCCAAAAAGGAGACCAGCAGCCUGUACAAGCUCCAGAUUCACAACGUGAAGCCGGACUGCCUGGAAGCGUACAACAAAAUUUGCCAGGAAGUGCUGCCCAAGAUCCAUGAGGAGAAGCAUUACCCCUGCACAUUGGUGGGGACGUGGAACACGUGGUACGGGGAGCAGGACCAGGCCGUCCAUCUCUGGCGGUACGAGGGAGGCUACCCGGCCCUCACUGAGGUCAUGAACAAGCUCAGAGAAAAUAAGGAGUUUUUUGAGUUCCGCAAGGAGAGAGGGAACAUGCUGCUGUCUCGCAGGAACCAGCUUCUGCUGGAGUUCAGCUUCUGGAAUGAGCCCGUUCCCCGGCCGGGCCCCAAUAUCUACGAGCUGCGGUCCUACCAGCUCAGACCAGGAACGAUGAUCGAAUGGGGCAACUAUUGGGCCCGGGCCAUCCGCUUUCGCCAGGACAAUCAGGAAGCCGUCGGAGGGUUCUUCUCUCAGAUCGGCCAGUUGUACAUGGUGCAUCACCUGUGGGCAUACAAAGAUCUCCAGUCCAGAGAAGACACACGGAACUCGGCCUGGAACAAACACGGCUGGGAAGAACUCGUGUAUUACACAGUGCCCCUCAUUCAGGAAAUGGAGUCCAGGAUCAUGAUACCGCUGAAGAUCUCGCCUCUUCAGUAAAGCUGGGAUUGACUUCCUUGUGCCUACUUAGGUCUAAGUGACAAAUAUUUGUCUUCAGUUAAUUUGGUGGUAUACCCGGAAUAUCAUGGUGAGAAAGUAGCAUCGCAAUGUGAAACUGCUGUGUGUCGCUUAUCAAAGAGUGAGAGAGAGAGAGAGAGGUGCCUCUUUCCUCCAGAGUCUAAAUAGCAGUGGGCCCCAAAGAAAAAUAUCCCGGGGUUCCAGGACUUGCGCUCCCCCCCACCCCCAUGGCCAACAGGCCCGUCUCCAGUGGGAGGCUGGAACAUGGCGAGAAUCGGAGCCACCUAAAAUUAGAAUCCAAUCGGGAACCCAACCUCUAUCCAGUUUUCUCUAGUAGGGGAGCGGCGGCGGCAAGCCCGACCCCACGGACAUCCCACCGGCCGCUGCCAGUUCUGGGUGCGCCAGGCCACGCGGUUCUACCCCGGCCUCUCUGGGAGCCGCUCACACUACGCGCGGGCGCAUCACCCACUGUGACAUCUCCAGAAAAGUUCCGGAUGGAUAGACGCCGGUAACAUAUCCCUUCCCCAGCUGGGUGGCGGUCAGUCCGUGCAUCCAAGAGAGUUCCAUCCUGGGAGAAACGAGUUCCAUCCCGGGAGAAACCGAUGCCGAGAUGCAAAAUAUCCGAUCUCUAGGCUGGGCUCGGAUCUGUGUGGGCAAAAUGUCACCCCCGCCCCCAGCCCGCGUUGGACCAGGGAAGGAGCCGGAGGCACAGCAUGGUCUGGGGUUUGGAAAAGAAAUCCCUUCAAGAGCACUGAGUGUUUCUUUUUAAAUUACAUUUUUCCACAAUCAAAGCAGAGAGAGGCUAAGGGAGGGGUCCGUUUUCCCGGCCUUCGGUGUUGGGAGACCUGCCUUGGCAGACAUUUCCUCAACGGAGCUUGAGAAGGGUGUGUGUAGGCCAAAAGCUCCCCAGGGGACAUGAAGCGUGCGUGUCCUGUCCGUUUCUGUCGGAUUUUGUUUCUGAGUGUUGUGUUCCCGCUGUGUCCGUCAUGAUGUGAAAUCUUGUCGCGAUGAUACGUUACCGUCUUCCCCAGAUAGCUAAAGUAUCGCAGUGUAAAUGACAGCGUGUACAAAUCACAGAACAGAUGUCUAAUUUGUACAUUUGAAUGGUUUUCUGCUAGAGCACAUAAAGUCAAUAAAAUCCCUUUAAUUUUCA